CCAAGCAUGGAGUUAUACGAAACAUGGACCGAAUGCUCGAGGUCCUUCGACGUAACAUUAAAUCUACGGGCAUAUCAUCAAUGUCGACAUUUCUUAUGGUGUCGAUAUGUUACUAAACUUAAUCUAGGAGCUCUUCGCUAAGCAUCAUUAAUAACACUUCGUUCCGGUGAAGGUACUGUUGCAGAAAAUUAAAAUAUAUAUAUAUAUUUAAAAGAAGGGGGGAGAGAAUAGAAAACCGAAGUACAUAACAUGUUUAAGUUUAGAAGUCGGCCUUCGUUUUAGUCCAGCCAAGGAUUGUCUUAUGGCUACCCUUUUCGCGGGGUUAUGGCGGGUAGGUAAGGCUAGAAUUGUAAGUCACUCCCCUAUACCUCAGGUACACAGUACGGGUUUUUGGUAGGUGAUAAGAGGUACCUACGUUUGUGCAACGGAAAGUCGCUCUUCAUUGUGCAUAAAUCCGUGCUUAAUAGACGUGGCAUAGCCCCCCAUUAGGGUAGUAUGCAUUGUUGCUGUUCUACAUUCUCUGGGUUAUGGAGAUUAGAUACCAUUUUAUAAGGUAUAUAUUUAUAUAUCCUAACAUCCCAAAGACACUAGACCAGAGAAACACUCUCUUAAUUACCUAACCUUUUACUCAAAUUCGCUCCCUGCCACACUCAAAACAUGAGCACAUUAAUUCCUAGAGUGCCUUCGAACUCUACCCGUGGUCAAUGGCGUGGUCGUGGUGAUCGUGGGCGUGGGCGUGGUGAUCGUGGUGGGACUAGUAGUCGCAGUCGCGGUCGCGGCAGCUGGCGAGGGCGAGGGCGAGGCAAUGAUGGAAGAGAACAUGGCCCUAAUCCGAGUAGAAGCCAAGAUCAACCCUCUAGAGGCAUUGCCGACGAUGCUCCUCUCGGUCGCCUUAUCACGAAGAUUGCUUUAGAAAGUAAUUCGAACUACAAUACGGGCGAUGCGAAGAUUACCAAUUGCAGAUAUGCAGCUUCAUAUUCUCUAGUUGAUUCCAAAACCCCUAAAAUUAUUGUUCCAGGAGAACCAGCAACUUGGACACCGCCCCAGUUACCUUCACAACUCCCUGGAGAUCGUGGAGAUUAUCUUCGAGAUCAUAAUGGAGCAAGGUUUCCCGACCAUCCUAUGCUGCCCUCUGUCUAUUCUCUAGUUUCUCUGAAUAAAGAGUUUGACACGUCAAAAAUUGACAUUAUGGGCUGCGCGAGUUCCCUCGGAGACAUUCUCCGGUUCGUACGAUCGGUUGAUUUAACCUUCAGGUUUGACGUUGAAAUGAUUGGGGAUACCCUAUUCAUGGUCCGCAAUUGUCGCGAUCAAGUCAUUCCCGACGUUCGCGGAUACGGUCAUUCCUUCUUGGACUCUUUUACCUCUUAUGAGUCCAAGGUGCAGGAAACUAAAUCGCACCAGCGUAUCAUCUCAUAUUCCUUCAGCGGAUUGAACUGCUUGGUUCGUUUUGAGUGCGACGGAUACUUGGCAAAUGGUAAAGACGAUUUUGCUACUACGGUUACUGAACUAGAUGAUUUGGACCUUGCAGAGUCACCUGCUAUCGAAACAGCCGGAAAGAUAAUACCUCAGCAAUCAAUCAUUGAAAUUAAGACGAGGUCCAAGGCAAGAUCUCAAACAGGUGCACCAGUCGAUAUGAAUGAGCAACUUCCUAGACUAUGGCUCCGACAGAUACCCUACUUCAUUACCGCAUAUCAUCUUACAGGGAACUUUGAAGAUGUCCAAGAAAAGGCCAUCCAACAGGAAUUGCUCGAUUGGGAAAAUAGCCAUCAAUCCGAACUUCAGCGAUUCGCUUCCAUUCUGCGCCAACUGAUUGUUGAGGUCAAGCGGGCAGGCCAUUUGAAGCUCGAACUGUGUCGAACAGGGUCGGGACCACUCGAAUUGAGGGAGCAAGGCGGCAAGCCUCGGGAAGUACUCCCAAGUGAUUGGAGGGAUAUGUGGGCUAGGCCGCAUCAUGGACUAGGCAGCGAUGGCGCAGCCUGCCUGAGUGAUGAGGAUGAAGACGAUAGUUACCCCAGCCUGCUUUCACGGAAGGGUGAAUCUGACGAAUCGGAUGAUGAUGAUGAUGAUGAUUUCUCGCUAGACUUUACAGGGUGUGACCCGAGUUGCGGAUAUUGCGGUAAGUGUGCCUAAGAAAUAAGUGUGUUGGCAUCAAAGAGCAUCAAGUAGCAUUCCAUUAGGAGAGUCUCGAUUGCGCGAUUGAGCGUUUGCGCGUUUGCGCGUUUAUACACUUGUUCGUGUGCCCGCAUGAUAGGCAUAAUUUACUCCGCACUUAGGUCAAAUAACAGGGCGCAGCAGUAUGAUACCUAAAGUCAAGACACGCACGGUACUGUGUUACAUGUAUGCGGGUUGGCUAGGGGGAAUAUGAGAUAUGAGAUAAUGCAACCUGCCGCCGAAUAGCAAACCAACGUUUAUCGGCCUGAAACAAAGAGACUCGAAACUCGAAAUCGAGGGGAAAUGCCUGUUCAUCAUGACUACCUCCUAACUUAAGCAGAAAGUCUAAAUUGUUCGUCUUAUGUUACCUAUUUUACUUCAUACCUACCUCAGAUUUAUUACCUUUACUCUCCCCUACGGCUUCUCCAAUCUUCUAAUCAAGUAAUAUUUACUUCUUACCAACGACGCCACGAUGUCGUACCAAGCAGCUGCUAGCGGACCAUCGCCAACUCAAGAUCAGGACACCAAUUCCCGGUCUCGAGCUCUUGAUAAGUUCUUCUAUAGAAUAUUAGAAGGGAAGGGGAAACCUUUUGAGGGGGUUAGGGAUGCACAAAGGUUUCUCGA